AGUAGUCGGGUUUUGUGUGUAGAGUGGUAGGGACGUGCAUUAACGCGGUUGAAUGACAUCAGCUGGUGAAGGUUAAUCUUAAGGUGUUACUUUUUUGGAUAUAGUGAACGUUUUUUUAUAUAUUUAGUUAUUUAUAUAAAGGAUCACAUGGAUGGGGAUAAUAAAGGAUUCAAUAGAUGCUUUAGAUAUGAGAAAGACGUAACGACUGGGUUCUUAUGUCGAUGAUUUCAGCAGGCGUGGAGGGGAGAAUACCUUAUAUGACGUACCCGGAGCCUUGGAGAGGACCUCCGAAGCAGCCUCCCGAGUUGUUUCUCAGGCCUGCUCCGAAACCUCCAACUACAAGCAGAUACAAUGGAGUGCCGACGACGUAUCCGAACGGUACCAGAUUGGCGCCGCCUCCCCGGCCAGUCGGCAAGUACCCGUCUCCGCCGAAUCCGGUAAAUUUAGCACAACCCAAAGAAGACUUAACCGAAGACAUGUCUCCGUACGGCGCUUACAGGAUAUUCCCGCAAACGCAUCAAUAUUCCCAUUUCGCUUAUCCCCUGUGCCAACCGCCCUACAUGCAGAUGAGAACGAAUUUUCCGCCGACGCCUCUAUCGCCGAUCGAAACUUAUUCGCCGACGGCUACUUCGUCGUUUCUGACGCCGCCUAGUUCGUACAGUCCGCCUUCUAGUUUAAAAUCCGCUCAGAUGUUAGUGAUGGACAAGAAGACGCCACCUCUACCACCCCAAACCGUCAGUCCUCUCAACCAAAGUUCGUCGUUCAAAGUACCUUCAGGUAAAGAAGGAUCUUUGAAACAUAGAAUAUUGAUAAGACCUGAAGAAACGUCACGGAUCGGUCCUCUGGAUCUGCAAAAACCUCUGGAAGGUAGGAAGAGGCUGCAGGCGACGAUGUCGCCGCCGAGAUCGCCCAAAAAAUCUUUAAACAACAACAAUCUACCAGGUAAUUUCGCCAAAGGAUCUCUUAUUCAAUUGUCGAACGGCGACCUCAGGAGAAUCGAAGACUUGCGCACCGAGGAUUUCAUCAUGUCGGCCGAAAGGAGUCCGGAGGUGAGGCUGGCCGAAAGCACCGUCGUCAAAAUAGAGGAAAAUCAACAGACGGCGAAUUCCACCAUAACGCUCACCUACAAUAACAGACGAGACAAGGUGGAAAUGGAAUCGACUCUGGAGCAACCAUAUUUCGUGAUGGGUCACGGUUGGGCGUCUUGUUGUCCGGAACGGACGCAGCAAUUGUGCGGUUUGAAAACGCACCGGUUGCAAGUAGGCGACGUUCUAAUAUCGUUAACGCCCCGAGAAAGGCGAUCGAAAACCACCCCCAAACAACAACAACAACAACCCCAUCCGGCUAGUACGAAAACGCACCCGUCCGACCAAAAGGUUUCCGCGCAAACGCAGCCGAUGAACUUACACUACACUUCCAAUUACCCCCCGCAAUCGAUGUCGCCCGACAGCGUCGCCGCCAGGAAGCGACGCUGGUCGGCGCCGGAUCAGAUGUGCGACGAAGAAGAACAAAACGGCGCCAGGAGACACCGCAUCGAAUGAUCCCGAAGGAAAUUCGGUUCGAAGGAUAAAAAUUCGUUCGGUAACGAAUUUGGGCCGAUACCUACGGGAAAUAAAUCGACGGGGUUCGGAUCCGGUCGCGGGGAGAGAUUUUCGAUUCGAGACGCGUAUUUUCGUAGGGAUGUUGGUCUAAUGUCGCCUUAGAUGGAUCGGUGGUGCUACCAAAAAGGGGGGAAAAAUCAUUUGCGAUUGGAAUUUCGUAUUUUGGCGUGUUAAUCAAUUGAUUUUGAGUCGUCAGUCACGUUCCCUCGUAUAUUGAAUCGUUUUAAUCGAUUUUUAGAUCGUUUUCCUACUUUUUUAUCGAUCCUCGUAUAUUAUUUGAAGCAAAUUUUUCAGAAUUUUUGCGCAAUUUAGUCCAGAUUUCGUUGUUUUCGCCGAAAAACACAUUAAAUUGCCAUUUUUUUUGCAUUUUUUGCCUUUAUUUUCAAUUCAAUCGCUUUUCAGAUUCUUUUCUUACUUUUUUAUCAAACCUCGUACAAUAUUUGAAACAAAUUUUUGGGAUUUUCGCUCAUUUCAGUCCGAAUUUCGUUGUUUUCGCCGAAAAAAUGAUUAAUUUGUACUUUAUUUCAUUUUUUUACCUAUAUUUUCGGUUUAAUUGUUUCCCGGACAGUUUUCUUACUUUCUUAUCGAACCUCGUAUAAUAUUUGAGGCAAAUUUUACCGAAAACUUCGCUCAAUUUAGUCCGAUUUUGGUUUUUUUCACCGGAAAACAAUUUUUAAUUCAAAGUUUUCCAUUUUUCGUAACAUCUUCAUCUCUCCUCGUAUAUUAUUACAACGCAUUUUUGUUUCUUCAUCAAUAAACUAUUUAUUUCGCCAUUUUUUCCUCAUUGUUUUCGCUUUUUCUCCAUGUUGUUACGUCACAAACUCUUCUUUCUUUUUUUUCAACUUUUUAUCACUUUCCAAACGCCCCUCGUAUAUUAAAUUACAUAAAUAUUUUAGUUUUUCAUUAAAAAACUACUUGAUCCCCCAUUUUUUCCAUUAUUUUUGCUUUUUUAAAACGUCCCAAACUUUUCUUUAUUUAUUUUUAUUUUCCCUCGUAUAUUAUUUAAUGAAAUUUUUUAUGUAUAUCCAAAUUUCCUUGAUAUAUAUAUCGAUAUUAAAAAAAAACUACUUUUACUCCAAAAUUGUCCAUCUGUUUUCGUUUUUCCUCAACUUAGUUUCUUCUCGGGUUCUUUUUUCCACUUUUUUAUCUCCCCUUGUAUAAUAUGCAAUGAAAACCCUUCGAAUCUGCAAGUCAUUUUAAUUUGCGUUCAAUUUUUUCAUAAAAAAAAACUACUGCUAAAAUUUUUCUAUUAUUCAGUUAUUAAAUUUCCUUACUUCAUCACCGCCCCUCGUAUGAUAUUAAUUCACUUCAAAUUUCAUUGUUUUUUACUAAAUUUUCUUGUAACCCUGGUAUCACUUGAAUUUCUCAAUUUGAGGUCGAAAUUCCACGUAAAUUUUUUGUUUUUGAAAAAGUAUUUCUAAAUUUUUCCUUUUUUCUUGGACUUUUUUUCGAAAAAUCUGGUGUAUUUUCUCCUUUUCGGUACAUUCCUCCGUCUAAGGUAGAUUUGAAUUACAUGACAAUACAAAAUUUUCCAUCGGGAUCUUUCGAAAAGUAUACGUAAAUUUUUCUAAUUUCAAAAUUAAAAAGUAUUACUACAGAGUGAUAAAAAUAAAACUGACGACGGUUCAACGAUUGUGGUAAAUACAGAGGCCGUUGAUAUCGAUCUCAAAGGGAAUAUUUCACAAAGAUCUGUUUUUUUAAGAAACGUCAAACUACUUAUUAGAAAUUAAUCGUUCAGGGGACAAUCUGUAUAAUAAUUUCGCACGAAUACAUAAAAAAACGAGGUUGUAACUAUUGAUUUCGUCUUCUAAUUCAAUUUAAAUUUUACGAAGCUACGGUUUUUUUUCGGACUCCCCUCGUAAUCAAAAUUUCCUUUUCGAACUACAGAGGUUAUACGAAAUUUUUUCCAAAUUCCCCGGUUGUAGUAUCGAAUCUUUUAAUUACUUACGAGGGUUUUACGAAAAUUUCUUUUAAUGACUCGAUUGGAAGUAUAUUCAUUUAAAUACCUACAGGGGUGGUGCUAUAACUUGUUCUAACACAGUUACGGGGUUCAUACGAAAAUUUUUUUCAAAUUUUUCGGUUGUAGUAUCGAAUCUUUCAAUUACUUACGGGGGUUCUAUGAAGACUUCUUUCAUUAUUUUCGCUUAUUAUUGGUUACAGGUGAUAUACGAAAAUUUCUUUGCGCUUUUCGGUUUUUGGGAAAAUAAUUUCGAACCGUUCUAUUACUUACGGGGAAUUUACGUAAAUUUCUUUUAUUGACGUUGCAGGAUCGAUUUCAGUUCGAAUAUCGUACCGAUACAUACGGGGGUUGUACGAAAAAGUCUUCUAACGACUCGAUUAGUUCGAUUACUCACGGGGGUUUUACGUAAACUUCUUUUUAUUGACGUUCCAGGAUCGAUUUCAGUUCGAAUAUCGUUCCGAUACAUACGGGGGUUGUACGAAAAAGUCUUCUAAACACUCGAUUAGUUCGAUUACUUACGGGGGUUUUACGUAAACUACUUUUUAUUGACGUUCCAGGAUCGAUUUCAGUUCGAAUAUCGUUCCGAUACAUACGGGGGCUGUACGAAAAAGUCUUCUAACGACUCGAUUUGUUCGAUUACUUACGGGGGUUUUACGUAAACUUCUUUUUAUUGACGUUCCAGGAUCGAUUUCAGUUCGAAUAUCGUUUCGAUACCUACGGGGGCUGUACGAAAAAGUCUUCUAACGACUCGAUUUGUUCGAUUACUUACGGGGGUUUUACGUAAACUUCUUUUUAUUGACGUUCCAGGAUCGAUUUCAGUUCGAAUAUCGUUUCGAUACCUACGGGGGCUGUACGAAAAAGUCUUCUAACGACUCGAUUUGUUCGAUUACUUACGGGGGUUUUACGUAAACUUCUUUUUAUUGACGUUCCAGGAUCGAUUUCAGUUCGAAUAUCGUUCCGAUACAUACGGGGGCUGUACGAAAAAGUCUUCUAAACACUCGAUUAGUUCGAUUACUUACGGGGGUUUUACGUAAACUUCUUUUUAUUGACGUUCCAGGAUCGAUUUCAGUUCGAAUAUCGUUCCGAUACAUACGGGGGUUGUACGAAAAAGUCUUCUAACGACUCGAUUAGUUCGAUUACUUACGGGGGUUUUACGUAAAUUUCUUUUAUUGGCGCUGCAGGAUCGGUUUCAGUUCGAAAUGGUCCAAUUAGUUACGGGGGGUGGUACGAAAAUUUGUUUUUUGUUUUAAUGACACUUGAAACCGUAGCUUAGCCCGGAUUUUAUUGACAUUUAAAAUAUUUUCCAUGUAAAUCCUCUCGGCUGUGAUACAGUAAAAUAUAAAUGUGGAACGUGGUUACUCUUCCUUCCAUGUCUUUUUAGUAGGGAGGGGGGAGGGGGGUAAGGGGAAUUUUUUCAUCGGAAUUUUGGGCGAUUUUCGAAUCGUUUUAUCGGAAAAUGUUGAUCGAGUGCAAUAAAAUUGAAUGUGAUAAUGAGUAAUCGCGUGAAGUCAUCGAUUCGAAUAUCGUUCGAGAUGUUUUGUUUUUGUUCCAAGGGGGGUUCGACGUUCGACGGAAUUUGAUUUUUCGAUAGCCCUGUAUACAAUUGAAUGGUGGGAAUCGCCGCUUUUACGUUUUCCGCGACAUAUUUUUGGAUAUUCUCAAUUUUUCCAAAUUUUUUUUGUUGAAAAUUGAAGGUUGGGGUUAGAAAUCUAAAAAUUUUUCGUCGGAAAUCGAAAUUUUUAUUGGAAAAAAUCGAAUUUUUGGCUGCAAAAUCCAAAUAUUUCAUGAAACAAUCAAAUUUUCCACAAAAAAUCGAAAUUAGUCACGAAGACAUCAAAAUAUUGGCGAAAAUAUCCGAAAUCUUUCAAAAAAACAUUAAAAAAGUCGAAAAUUCAAAUUUUUUCCAAAAGGAGUCAAAAUUUUGGCGACAAAAUCCAAAUAUUUCAGAAAAUAUUCAAAUUUUCGCUAAAAAUCUUAACUUUUCCUGGAAAAACUAAAUUUUUCGCAGUGAAAUCCAAAGUUUUUUCUAAAGAAAUCAAAAUUUUGGCGGAAAUAUUCGAAAUCUUCCAAAAAACACCAAAAUUUCUGUCAGAAAUCCAAUUUUUUUUGCAAAAAAUCGAAUUUUUGGCGGCAAAAUUCAAAUAUUUCAUAAAAUAAUCAAAUUUUUAGCUGAAAAUUCCAAAUUUUUUCUGAUAAACAUCAAAUUUUUCGCAGAAAAUCCAAAUUUUUCACAAAAAAACGAAAUUUGUCAUAAAUAAAUUGAAAUUUCAGCAAAAAUCCAAAUUUUUGGCGAUAAAAUCCAAAUUUCUUUCUAAUAGUAUUAAAUUUUUGUAAAACAUCCAAAUCGUUAGCCCAAAAUCCGAUUUAAUGUUAAAAAAUUCAAUCUUUCAUGAAAAAACAUCAAGUUUUUCCCCAAUUUCCAUAUUUCCGGUUCAUUUCCUUUCAUCCGGUAGUUUUCCUACAGUUUUUCCGGAUUUUUAUUUCCCUUAUCCCAAGAGACUUCUUCUAAUUCCUUUAAAACCUUCAGACCCCUUUCCCGAUUAUUCUUUUGCUUUUUUAUCGUCCCUCGUAUAUUAUCUAAUCAGAAUCUUUUGAAAAUAUUGAUAAUUUCAAUCUAAAUUCAGCUUUUUUCACAAAAUAUCUACCCCUACCACCAAUUAUAACAAUUUUUUUCAAUUUUCCUUGAUUCAGUUGAUUUAUUAACCCGCCCUCGUAUAUUAUUCCAUGAAAAUCUUUCGAAUAUGCAGCUCAUUUCCGUUUUUAUAUGAAAAAACAACUUUUCCGUCUAAUAUUUUCAUUGCUUUAUGCUUUCUUCUCUUCCUAGACUGUUUCUUCAACUUUUUCAUCCUCCCUCGUACAAUUUCAACUCUUAAAUUUCGUUUUUUUGUCUAAUAACUACUUUUGUUUCGAAUAUUUCUAUUUUUUCUGGUUCUCCUUCGGUCUAUUACCUUCACAGUCUGUUUUUUUAUUUUUUUAUCCUCCCUCUUAUAUAAAUUAAAGAAAAUAUUCCAAAAAUGCAGUUCAUUUCGGUGUGCAUUUCAUUUUUGUAUCAAAAAAUAACACUUUCCCUUAGAAUAUAUCCAUUUUCCUGCUUUUCGUCACCUUAUUGUCUUCAUAGCGUUUCUUUAUCUUUUUUCUUCUCCCUCGUACAUUAUUUAAUGAAAAUCUUUCGAAAACGCAGUUUAUUUAAAUCUAAAUUUUAUUCUUUUACCAAAAAACAAUUUUCACUUUGAAUAUAUCCAUUUUUCUUGCUUUCUUUUGUUUUAAUUCUUCUCCAGAUUGUUUCUUCAUCAUUUCAAUCAUCCCUCGUAUUAUAUCUAAUGAAAAUCAGUUGCUUUUCGAUCGAUCCUCGUUACAUAAUUCAACGUAUUUCAGUCAAAAUUUUCUCAGUUGAUUCAUUUCCCAGACAUUUUGUUAUCUUUUUAUUGUCCCUCGUACAUUAUUUAAUAAAAAUUCUAGUUCCAAAUUUCUCUCCUCAAUUUAUUUUCCUACUCUCCCUCAUAUAUACAAUACAAUUAAUAUUCGACGUGGUUGUAGAAUAAAUGGGACCACA